GUUGGACAUAGAUUACUAAAAUUCCCUGUAGCACGUGCAAAAAUUAAGUUCUCAUGCACAUGGAACAUUUGCCACCUCUCAGCACGACAAUAAUAGUCUCCAAAGUUCAAAUCCAGUUUCUCCCUCUUAACAGUAGUAAAAUGCGCUUCAUAAUUUUAAUAGUAUUCUGUUCCCUCGUCAAUUUCGGAUCAACGGCUAACAUAUUAUUUUACUUUGUGGUGUCCGGUUACUCGCAUAGGAUUGGGGUGUGGCCAAUUAUACAGCGAUUGGCCGAAUCUGGUCAUAACGUCACAUUUUUGUCGCCUUACCCCAACAAAAACCAGGUCGCUCAAUCCCACCACGUCAACAUUACGGACUAUGUUCCUCAUAAUUUGGCGAAAGACAUUGGUAUAAUGGACAUUGACAAAAUCGGUCUCCGUCUCCGCGAGGGUGUCGCAGGAAUUGAAAACAUGUGGAGUCAUGUGGACCAGUUGGCCAUUCGGAGCUGCGAAGCCUUAAUGAAGAAGCCUGAAUUUCAGACUUGGGUGGAAACAUCUUCCUUUGAUUUAAUAGUUUCAAACACAAUGUACAACGAGUGUGGGUACGGUCUGGUUCACAAAUUUGGUGCGAAACAUAUCGCCUACUCGUCAACGACCCAUAUGAUGUGGUUUAAAGAUGCUUACGCCUACCCGGAUGAAAACCUGCCCGAAAUUCAAACCCAGUACGCCAAAGACAUGACAUUUUUUCAAAGUCUACGGAACGAGCUGGUUUCCCUGUCCUGGCAAUGGUGGCGAUACAGGUCGACAUUUCCGAAGAUUGAAGCCAUCUUGCGAGACAGACUGGAACUUGACGAUUUGCCCCCGAUCGAUGUCAUAGAGCGAAACACCAGUCUCAUUUUCACUAACACGCAUCCCAGCGAGGAAUAUGCGAGAUCUUUACCCCCGAAUUUUAUCGGCAUUGGAGGAACGCACUGUUCUGACGAAAGGAAACCUUUGCCAGAGGAUUUGGAAAGUUUUAUAACGAACUCGUCAACCAAGGGAUUCAUACUUUUGAGUUUUGGAACAUACGCAGAUUUGUCAAGUUUGCCGAAAUACUUGCAAAAUUAUUUUUUCAAUGCGAUGUCGAAAGUCCCGGAUAUGAAGUUUAUAGUCAAAUUUAAUGCGAAACCUCCAUACGGAUUGGCCAGCAAUAUUAAAACAGUCAACUGGAUACCUCAGCAGGAUUUGAUAGCACAUCCAAAAAUUAAGGCAUUCAUCGGUCAUGGCGGUGUCCUGGGGACGCAGGAAGCGAUUUACCACGCCGUUCCGAUGAUUGUUAUCCCUUUCUUUUCCGACCAAGACUACCAAGCAGCACGAGCUCAUCAGAGGGAAACCGCAAUUGCUCUGGAAAUUCGGGAGUUAACGGAGGAAAAAUUGUUAACGGCAAUUUUACAAGUUCUCAACAAUCCAAAAUAUAAGGAAAAUACGGCCAGAAUUUCUAAAUUUUUCCGAGACCGUCCUUCUCCACCGGUAGAAAGUGCGGUUUGGUGGAUCGAAUACGUUCUCCGACAUGACGCCUGCUGCUCCCACUUGAGACCGAUCGGCCUUCAGAGGACGUGGUACGAGAGAAGGAUGCUCGACAUUUGGGGAUUCAUAGCUUUUUGUGGAAUCACCAUUUUUGCCAUUUUAGUAUUCGCGAUUUACCACUUGUUUAGUGGAGUUCUCAAUUUAUUGAUUUGCUCGAAAAUCAAACUAGAUUAGCAACGGGUUUUACUUUUUCUAGACUUAUUUAUCUUUACAAAUAAAAAUGUAUCCUGCUUUUUGUCUUAA